AUGAAUCAAAAUUCGACUCGUAAUAAAAAACAAAAAUUACAAAAUGAAAUAACACCAAUCGAUCGAAACAAAUCUUGUCUUGAAGAUUUAGCUAAUGAAAUCUUUUAUGAAAUAUAUGAAUAUCUUAAUAUGCAUCAUAUAUAUAAAGGAUUUUUCAAUCUUAAUAAACGAUUUCAAAAUUUAAUUAUUAAUUCAAAUUUUUUACAUAAAAUAAAUAUUUCAAUCGUAUCAAAAACUGAUUUUGAUGAUUAUUAUAAAAAUAUACUUAUACCAUAUAAACAUCGAAUUAAUUUACUUCGUUUAUCAAAUCCAUUUACUAUUAAGAUUAUAUUUUCACCAGUACGUAAAAUUUUACAAUUUAUUAAUCUUGAAAAAUUAAUUCUUAAUAAUAUACAAAUGAAAUAUUUGGAUAAAAUUUUUGAUUAUUUAAUAUAUUUACCUAAAUUUUAUUCAUUAACUAUUUCAAUUGGUGAUUAUAUUCAAUCAUUAGAUUUUCUUUUUUUUAAUAUAUUUAAUUUAUUAACAUUAAAAUAUUGUAAAAUUGAAUAUGAAACUAAAGAUUAUGAACAUCCAUCAUCUAUUCAUUUUACUGAAGAUGAUUCAAGUUCAAUUCAAUGUUUAAUUAUAAAUGGUUUUUUUCCAUUUAAAUCAUUGUAUAAUUUAUUAUGUUGUCUUCCUAAACUUCAUCAUUUAUCGAUUAAUUCUCUUGUUCAAUGUCGACAAUAUUUAGACAUAGAAGAAUUAUCACCUAUUAAAUUAAAAUAUUUAAAAUAUGUUUCACUUAAAUUUGAUUGCAUUAAUUUUGAUAAUGUUGAAAAAAUUCUUAAAGAAUUUUUUUAUUAUAUUCAAAUUUUACGUCUUACAACAAAAUAUGAUGACGAUUAUUUAAAUGCUAAACAAUGGGAAGAAUUAAUUUUAUCUUAUAUGCCAUACUUACGUAUUUUUGAUAUCAAUCAUCAAAGUUCUAUGAUAAAUAAUAAUUUAACAUAUCAUGAUUCAAUAAAUCAAUUUAAUUCAUCAUUUUGGAUUAAAAAAAAUUGGUUUUUUACACAUCAACAUGAUUGGGCACAAUGCUUAGAUAGUGGAAUUUUUUAUUCAACAGAUCCAUAUAGACGAAAAGAUUAUGAAUUUCAUUGGGAAAUAGAUGAACAAAAUUGUUCAUAUAAGCAAGAUGUCAAUUUUAAUUCAGUUCAACAUCUAUCUAUUCAUAGUAGACAAAUAACAAAUAUUUAUCUAAAUUAUUUUUCAAAUGUAACACAAUUGACUAUUAAACAUUAUUUUAAAACAUCAGAUGAUUCAAUUAUAACAACUCUUAAUCGUAUGAUUCCUUUAGUACAAUUGACGGAAUUAGCUAUUGAAUCGUAUAAUUUUCCAUUUGAUGAAAUUAUUAAAUUAUUACGUUUUACACCGAAUUUAUAUGUAUUAAAAUUGGAUUUAUUAUCUAUGAAAGAAAUAAAAUCAAACUUUAUCGAACAAAGUGAAAAUUUUCAAUAUGUAUCAAAAAUAAAUAAAAUAAAAAAUUUAAUUAUUCGUGAAGGGUGUUCAUUGAAUCAAAUUCAAUUGAUUGUUAAUUUAUUUCCACAAUUAGAAUAUCUUAAAACUUCAAUGAAUAGAAAAGAAAUUAAUCAAAUAAUUAGAUAUUUAUUAUCAAAAACUAAUAAUAAAACACAACAUUUAUUCUUUUUAUGUAUUUCAAAAACACCGAAAAUAUGUUUAAAAGAAUUAAAUAUUUUAAUUAAAUCAGAAAACUUACUUAAUGAUUACUUUAUGAAAUUUAUUAAUCGUGAUUUAUAUGUAUGGUGUACUCAAUGUGAUGAUCGGAUCUGUCCACCAAAUCAAUGGUCAUGUGGAGAUGGACAAUGUAUUCUUGAUCGAUUUCCAUUUCAGAAAUCAUCACAAGAGAAACCGGAAUGUAUAAAUCAGCGUGAUAGAUAUUUUAUUUGUGAAACACAUCACUCGCUAAAGGUGUGGACACUAUCUAAUGGUCGAUGUUAUGAAGGUGAAAAAUAUGAAGAGUUAAAUGUGACCAAUCGUACUAUUCUUGAACAAUGUCAAUAUCUUCUCAAGUGUGUCUUAUCAGGAGGACAAGAAAAAAAUUGUCCUGGUGACGAUAAUUCUUCCAGUGUUCAUUACCUUAACACUGGUUGCCAUUUGGAUUAUAUUCAAUAUCCAAAAGCAGGAAUUAUGGCUCCAUAUGUCUUAUUUUUCUAUAACCGAACACGGAAUUCUUCUUCAAGUAGACCGGACUUUAUGUUGAUCAAUGGAACGAUUAAAUGUGAAGGAAUAUUAACUGACAUUCAUAACGUUCAAUUGUCAGAUUUUCUAACACUUCGUCAGCUUGAACGGACAUUAUGCCAACGGGCAAAGAAUGAAUCUGUUGUCAAUAGUCACGUUUAUGAUCAACAUUGUCAUCAUACAUCAUUAACAUUCAAUAAUCGCUCAUAUAGUUUCAGUAAUGUUUGUAACGAGUCGAAAGAAUGCAUUUCAACUUAUCGUAUGAGAGAUGGAUUUGUAAAUUGUGUGGAUAAAAUGGAUGACAGAAAUGAUAUCUCUAUUUCUACAAUCUGUUCGAAAAUGCAACGCUAUCGUUUUCGUUGUUCUGUUGACGAACCAACUUGUUUGAGCAUUACUACUCUUGGAAACGGACAAGAAAAUUGUAAAAAUGGAUACGAUGAGUCAUGGCUGGGCACGGGGACAAAACUAGUAGAUAUCAAUUGUAAUCAAUUGCAGAAAGAUCAAUGUGAAAUCCUUCGACAAUACAUCGAGAACUCUUGGACAUUAUAUAACACGAGUGAUGUUAUUGGACGACUUCGAAUACCGUUUCGUCAGUAUUGUGACACAUUCUGGAAUUUAGCUUUCAAAGAAGAUGAAAAUGUGCACGAAUGUGAACACUGGUGGGCAUGUCCAGAAGAACAAUGGCAAUGUUACACGGGACAAUGUAUUGAUGCCAGUUGGGUUUUAGAUGGAGAGUGGGAUUGUUUCGAUGCAUCAGAUGAAGAUACUCUCUUUAGCCGAUCAACCUCACCUCGAAACAUGCAGGCGAUUGAUUUUUCUACGCUCUGGAAUAAACGUAACACUUUGAAUAAACCAGCAAUAUUUUCGACAAUUUGCAAUGUGUUCACAGAAUUUCCAUGUUUUCCUGUCAACGUUUCUAUUUCACUAAAUAACUUCACAUCUCAUCCACUCUGCAUUAAUCGACAUCAAAUUGGAGAUGGUCGUAUUGAUUGUUAUGGAGCCAUUGAUGAACGUAAUACUAUCGAACAUUGUGAUCAACGAACAAUGCUUGGAUAUAGUUUUAAAUGUAUGUCCAGUCAUCAAUGUUUUCCAUACUCGGAUCAUUGCUUAGGACACCGAUGCGCUACAAGUUCUGAUGAUGAAUUUUGGUGUGGUCUUCGGCAAAACUCGUUUAGUUGCAAUCAUUUUUUAGAUUCAGUUUGUUUUAAUGGCACUUGUGUAAAAUCUGGUCGAUGCAAUCAAAUUCCAGAUUGUUCUUAUGGUGAAGAUGAAUAUAUGUGUGAAUAUCAACGUAAUCCAGCAUUGAUCAAUGAACUUUAUCGUCAAAAGAAAGAGUUAAUCGUCAAGAAUAGCAAGCAGAAACUUCGAUUCAGUCCGUUUCCGACUAAUGCAAACGUAACUAAAACAGAAAAGACCUCGAGCACAGGUAAAACACGAACAAUAAUGGCUUCAUCGAGUGCCACAUCAGUAUUAGCUGCUUAUUGGUGUAAUAGGGGUCUUGGUGUACAAACGUACAACAAGUCAAUUGCUUGCUUUUGUCCACCACAAUACUAUGGUGAUAAAUGUCAAUAUCAUACUGAUCGCAUAACUGUACUAUUUCAUCUCGAUCUUUCUCAAUCGAUCUAUACAAUCAAUAGCAAAAUUGAGACCGUACUGAAGAUAAUAGGUCUAUUUCUUUUCAAUAAUGAAGUAAUUAUGAAUCAUAUAUUUCAUGUUCGGCCAACUGCUGAACUGUUAGUUUAUAGGAAGAAGAUGGUUCAUUUUCUCUAUUCUCGUUCAUCUCGAUUUCUUCAUCAUAAAAGAGAACGAUACUUUAACCAAUCAAACAUCAUUAAUGAUCAUCCAUAUUCAGUUCGUAUCGAAAUGUACGAAACAACAGGUUUCGAAAAACCUCUACUUAUGGCCGUUUGGCAAUAUCCUAUCUAUUUUGACUAUUUACCUGUUUUCCGUCUAGCUAAAGUUCUUCGAUUGACAAAAUCAAUGAUGGAACAAAACCCGUGUUCAAAUAAUCUUUGUAAUUCUAAUCAAGAAUGUCAACUAUUAAUCAAUGGCAAAUCGAAAUAUAUAUGUCUUUGCAAGAGAAAUUUUAGAGGAGAGAAUUGUUCAAUUGAAGAUCGACAAUGUAUGGAUGAUUAUUGUGCUGCUGGAUCUCUAUGUAAACCAAAUUAUCGAGGUUUAGUAGCUGGAAAUGAACUACCUUAUUGUAUUUGUCCAUUUAAUCGAUUUGGUGAGCGUUGUGAUGUUGUGCAUGAUCAAUGUUUAUCAAAGCCUUGUCAAAACAAUGGUUCAUGCUUUCCGACUUCAAAACCAGAUAGUAUUUCGUGUGUAUGUACUGAACAAUACUAUGGUUCGAAUUGCGAAUUGAGAAAACCAGAAAUUAAAUUACAUAUUAAUGAAAGUGUUAGUCAUGCAGCAGCCGUAGUUCAAUACUUUGAUAUUGAUUUCACUUCACUCAACCUCAUACUUGGUCAUCAACGAGUCUAUCCAAUUCUUCCAACAUACAUUGAAUAUCGACAUGAAAAAACAACCGCACCAGAAAUUAUCUUAAUUCGACAAAUGACCAAUGAAAUUCGCCAUCAAGUUUCAUGGUGUAGUAUAAAAUUUGUUACUGAUCUUGAUUUUAAAUUAAAACAAUUAGCAGAACACAUUAUUCAAUGCCUUCAAGAACAUGAUUUUUCUGACGUUGAAAUUAAAUCUUUUAAUAAAGAACUUAAACGAUUAAAAAAUAUUUUCAACAAUCGAACAUAUUUCAAAAUUGAACAAGAUUCAUCAAUAAAAUUCGUCUUACAAAAAAAAAACGGUAAAUCGUGUCUUUAA